GAAGAUCUUGAUCACAAUGCCACGCAGGUGCUUUCUGCUCCACCUCUACAUCAUGUUACAGUGCAUCUUCUGGGUAUAGAUGUACAAUCAGUAACUCUUCUGCUACAACUUCAUUCAGAAAUUUCUUACUGGUAGAACAGAAUCACGAUAAUCCAUUUGAUAGGUUAACGCACUGACCUAUGAUGAACAUAGUUUGAGAUCGCAGCAGUCGGACUGCCUUUCAUCUCGGUUUCAGUGAUGUGAUAUUGGCCGGUCUUAGAAAUAUGAAAGUCUCCAAGAUGGCUGUUUAGUAUAUAUCUACGGAUUUUAUCCCUUUGGAAUCAGUAAAACAACCCCAGACACAACAUGCAACCCAUCCCUGCAGGUUAUCCCAUUGAAGAAUUAUCUGGCCCUUUGAUCGUCGCUUGUCUCUUGCACUGGGGACUCUUCAGAACCCUUUCUGUGCAACUCUAUCUGUACUAUCUAGCAUUUCCGAAUGACAGACAAUCCACAAAAUGUCUCGUCUAUGUCAUCUACACUAUCGAAUUUGUGCAGACCAUACUUGUUGCUCACGACGAGUUUGAAACAUUCGGGAACGGCUUCGGUGACAUCAAAAGCCUUAUUGGAAUCAGUUUUAGUUGGUUAACUGUCCCUAUCAUGAGCGCUGUCAUCACUUGUGUCGGACAGUUCUUCUAUGCAUACCGAAUAUUCAUAUUGUCAAAGUCACGAACGAUCCCGGUAUUUGUCACUUGUGUAUCGUUGACCAGUUCUGUGGCAGGUAUAGUUACAGGUGUCUACUGUUUACAAGCAGGUGACAUCACUAAGCUCAACAACCAGAAGACAUUCAUCUCUGUCAGGAUUUGGUUGGGAGCCUCCGCCUUGUGCGAUAUCAUCAUCGCUGUCUGCAUGACCUACUAUGUGAGUACGACGAUCCAACAGAUCAAAGGCAAUGAAAGUCGAUGGGACAAAUAG